AUGAACGAAGAACUUGCAAAAAGGAUUCAUCGAAUGAUCAAAGUGAAUCUGAAGAUGGAAAACCCUUCAGAUGUUGUGAAGAAGUUUGCGAUUGAUUCGUCGCAAUUAGAUGAGAAAUUGCAUAAUUUGAGCGAUAAAGAGGCGAUUGAUUUGUUGAUUUCGAAGGAUAAAGGCGAUAGUUCGUCGUCGGGUGUUGUUUAUCAUUUGGUGACCAGUUAUGAUAAUCCGGAAAAGUUUUCGAAGGUGAGAUGAUGUUUGGGGAGCGGGUUGGGGAGGAAAAUUGGAGACUGGAGAAGUGGAGGAGCUUGAAAAUCAUGGAAAUUUGGUCUAGGAGGUGAAAUUUCAGGGUUUUUCGAGUUCUAGACCUGAAUUUUGUGAUUUUCAAGGUCCUGGAGCUGAAAAGUGAGAUUUGAAAGAUUUUGAAGCUUGAAAAUCAUGAAAAUCAGCUAGCUGGGUUGAAAUUUCGUGAUUUUCGAGGUCCUGGAGCUGGAAAAUCAUGAAAUUCUGCUCCAGAAGCUUAAAAAUUCCAGAAAUCACCGUUUGAAGGCUGACAACCAUGAAAAAUCUGAAAUUUUGCUUCACAGUCAUCAAAAUUAGAUCCAGAAGCUUGAAAAUCAUGGAAAUUAGCUCGCUGGCUUGAAAUUUCGUGAUUUUCAGGGUCCUGAAGCUGAAAAGUAAGAUUUGAAAGGUUUUUGAGCUUGAAAAUCACAAAAUUCAUCGUUCCAGGCUAAAAAUGCAUCAAAAUUUCCGAAUUUUGACUCAAAACUUAUCCAAUUCAGCGUCAGAAGCUAGAAAAUCACAAAUUUCAUCGUUCGAGGGCUGUGAACCAUGAAUAUUCUGAAAUUUUGCUUCACAAUUCAUCAAAUUCAGUUUCAGAAGCUAGAAAAUCAUGGAAAUUUGAUGUCUAGACAAAAAUCUUGUGAUUUUCAAGCUCCUGGAGCUAGAAAAUCAUGAAAUUCAUCGUUCCAGGCUGACAAUUCAUCAAAAUUCUCAAAAUUUGACUCAAAAAUCUUAAAAUUCAGCUCCAGAAGGUAGAAAAUCGUGAAAAUUCGCUCGCUGGAUUGAAAUUUCGUGAUUUUCGAGGUCCUGGAGCUUGAAAAUCAUGGAAAUUUGGUCUAAAAGUUGAAAAAUCAUGAAAUUCAGCUCCAGAAGCUAGAAAAUCAUGAAAUUCAGCUCCAGGAGCUAGAAAAUCAUGAAAUUCAGCUCCAGAAGCCAGAAAAUCAAGAAAUUCAGCUCCAGAAGCUAGAAAAUCAUCAAAAUCAGCUCCAGAAGCUAGAAAAUCAUGAAAUUCAGCUCCAGAAGCUAGAAAAUCAUCAAAAUCAGCUCCAGAAGCUAGAAAAUCAUGAAAUUCAUCGUUCCAGGCUGAAAAUUCAUCAAAAUUCUCAAAAUUUGACUUGAAAAUCAUCAAAAUCCAUCUCCAGAAGCUAGAAAAUCAUGAAAUUCGCGAAUUUUGCCUCAAAACUCAUCAAAUUCAGCUCCAGAAGCUAGAAAACCAUCAAAAUUCGCGAAUUUUGACUAAAAACAUCCCAAAUUCCACCCCAAAACCUCAAAUUUCCAAAAUUUUCAGAUGAUGAAAUACAUUUUGGGAGCCGGUGUCGAUUAUUGGCAUACAAUAUUGUGCAAUUUGAAUAUGAUAUUAAUUGAAGUGUGGCAUUUGAUACAUUUGGGAUGUAAAGAGCAAUUAGUUCGGCUAAUUCGAGAAGGAAUUCGAUUGAAUGUGAAAUCGAUUGAAAAUGUUCUCAUGAAUGUUUUUAAGAAUAUUUCGGGAUCCGGAGAUUGGCAGACUAAAGUUCGAAUUAUGAAUAUGGUACGGGAAGGCUGAAAUUUGGCUGAAAAUUGGAGAUUUUUCAUGCGAAAAUGCAGGUUUACUUGUGUUUUCACAUGAAAAAUUGAGAUUUUCAGCAUGAAAUUAUAGAAAUUUGGCUGAAAAUUGUAGAUUUUUCAUUGGAAAAUGCAGGUUUACUUGUGUUUUCACAUGAAGAUUCAAGAUUUUCAGCCAAAUUUCAAUUUCAGCAUGAAAUUAUAGAAAUUUGGCUGAAAAUUGAGAUUUUUCAUAGGAAAAUGCAGGUUUACUUGUGUUUUCACAUGAAGAUUCAAGAUUUUCAGCCAAAUUUCAAUUUCAGCAUGAAAUUAUAGAAAUAUGGCUGAAAAUUGAGAUUUUUCAUAGGAAUAUGCAGGUUUACUUGUGUUUUCACAUGAAGAUUCAAGAUUUUCAGCCAAAUUUCAAUUUCAGCUCGAAAUUAUAGAAAUUUGGCUGAAAAUUGGAGAUUUUUCAUUGGAAAAUGCAGGUUUACUUGUGUUUUCACAUGAAAAAUUCAGAAUUUUAGCCAAAUUUCCGUCUGAAAAUUCAAAUUUUGAGAGUUUCUUAUCUGAAAAUUGUCGUUUUCUCAUUGAAAAUAUGCUGAAAAUCUGAAAAUUCAGAAUUCCAGCAUAUUUUCAAUGAGAAAUCGGCUGAGAUGCGGAAGCUAUGCCCAAAUUUUGAAUUUUUGUUCAGAAAAUAUGAUUUCUAGUCCAUUUUCGCUCAAAAAUCCCAAAUUUUCAUUCGAAAUUGUCGUUUUCCCAUUGAAAACAUGCUGAAAAUCUGGAAAUCCAGACUUCCAGCAUAUUUUCAAUGGGAAAUCGGCGGAGAUGCGGAAGCUAUGCCCAAAUUUUGAAUUUUUGUCCAGAAAACAUGAUUUCUAGUCAAUUUUUGCUCAAAAAUCCCAAAUUUUCACUAGAAAUUGUCGUUUUCCUAUUGAAAAUAUGCUGGAAAUCUGGAAAUCCAGACUUCCAGCAUAUUUUCAAUUGGAAAUCGGCUGAGAUGCGAAAGCUAUGCUCAAAUUUUGAAUUUUUGUCCAGAAAACAUAAUUUUUAGUCAAUUUUUGCUCAAAAAUCUAAAAUUUUCAGUCAUUUUCAGCCAAAAAUUCACAAUUUCCCCAUUUUUUCCAGCUAAUGAACACAAUUCGAGAACACGAACCCUGGUUCAAAUCAAUAAAAUCGGGCGCCGGUUUGAUGUCCACUAUUAUAAUGGUAACUUCACAUAUUAUUGUUGACACACCUCAACCAAUCACAAAAGAGGAUCAGUUCAAAAAUCAGCUUAUCGUAUUUUUGACAUUUGUCAUUAGGUAAGCGAUUUUUGGGGUGAAAAUGAGCCAAAAUUCGAAAAAAAUGACCUAAAAUUCACUUGAAAUUGAUUUUUUCGAAUUCCUUGUGAAAAAUUAGCCAGGAAUGAUGUUUUUCUGAGUUUCUAGCGUUAAAAUUGACACAUGACCGAGUUUUUUGGUUUCCUAGGCCAUGAAGUGGAAAGUUAGGCCACGUUGAGCUCUGGAGGUGAAAUUAGGUUUUCCUGGAUCAAAAAAUCAUGAGGAAUCCUAUGGAACUAUGUAAAAUCUUUGAAAAUCAACAGAUGGCCGAGUUUUUUGGAUUUCUAGUCCGCCAAUUUGGUUUUCUAGGCCAUGGUGAAAAAUUAAGCCUGUUUGGUGUUUUCUGGGUCAGAAAAUCAAUGGGAAUCUCAUGAAAACAUGUAGAAUCUUUGAAAAUCAACAUAUGGCCGAGUUUUUUUUCGGAUUUCUAGUCCGCCAAUUUGGUUUUCUCGGCCAUGACCGAAAAUUAGGCAUUUUUGAUGUUUUCUGGGUCAGAAAAUCGUGAGGAACACGAUUUUUUCACUGAAAGUUAUGAAAAGUGCCCAGAACUCUUUCAAAUUUUCAUUCCAGAUCCCGAAAACUCGAUUGCCACGCUCUUGGUCGUGAUUUUGUGAUAAUAAUCGCUCGACUUGGCCGAAUUCCACAAUUUGAGGAAAUUUGGCGAGAAUUACACCAAACACCCGGAAAUUUUGGAAUAUCUUCAAUUGAGGAAUUCAUUUCGCGCCCAAAUAUUGUUGGAUUAUUGAGAUUAUCCACUGAAUUGCAGAGAAAAAUUGAUCAUAUUGUGUUUUAUUCGAAAAAUAAUUUGAUUAUUUAUUAUGAUUGGAUCGUUAAAUCUGUGAGUUUUGGGCUAAAAUUGAGCAAAAAUGCUCCAAAAUUCAUGGAAAUCGCUGAAAAUUCGAUCUGAAAUCACCUUUUUCGAAUUCCUCGUGAAAAUUCACCCCGAAAACAUGUUCUCCCGAGUUUCUAGCGUUAAAAUUGACAUAUGGCCGAGUUUUUUGGAUUUCUAGGCCAUGAAGUGGAAAGUUAGGCCACGGUGAGCUUUCGGGUUGAAAUUAGAUUUUUCUUGAUCAGAAUUUUAUGAGGAAUCUCAUGGAGAUAUUUAGAAUUUUUAAAAAUCGAGUUUUUUGGAUUUCUAGGCCAUUAAUUUGGUUUUCUAGGCCAUGCUUCAAAAUUGGGGUUGUUUGGUGUUUUCUGAACCAGAAAAUCAAGGGGAAGAAGAUGGGAAAAUUGCAAAUUUGAAAUUUGGACUAGUUUUGGAUUUCUAGGCCAUCUAUUUGGUUUUCUAGUCCACAAUCUAAAAUAAGGCUUAUUUGGUGUUUUCCGGACCGGAUUUUCAUGAAAAUUUCGAAUUUCUGCACAAAAACCCGUGAUUUUCAGCACCUCCGCCAAUUGGAUUCUGGAAGUCUUCGUGCUGAAAUUGUCAGAUAUUUGUGCUCAAUGAGCAUUGAUGCGAAAAAUCAUGGACCUGCGGUUUUUGAAAAUCGCAUUCAAUUGUUGCAUUUAUUGGUCUCCACGGCACCGGUGAGUUGUUUUUGACCAAAUUUUUGGGAUUUUCAGCAAAUUUUGAGCCAGGAUUCCAGAUUUUCAGUCAAAAAUCUGUAAUUUUUGAAUUUUCAGCCUGGACCCGAACAACAAUGGCUGAAAUUGUGCUUAUUUGUGGAAUGGUUUGGAUGUGAUGAAAGAUUUGUGAAUUACAACAAUUCAAAUGUUGAAAUUGCCAUAAAUUUAGUCAGGUUCGUUUUUGGCUGAAAAUUAUGCUGAAAAUCGCGAUUUUCAGCCUAAAAUUAGCUGAAAUUCAAGAUUUUCAGCCCCAAAAAUCAAUAAUUUUCCAGAUAUUCUCUAUCGAUUCAAGCUCCACCGCCUUCUCAAAACUCCAUUAUUCAAGCAUCGCAUUGUUCGCCUUUUGCAAAUUCCCUUCUCGAAUAUUUGUGUAAAGUUGGUUUUUUCGCGCUGAAAUUUUGAUUUUUUCGAAUUCCUCGUGAAAAAUUAGCCAGAAAACAUGUUUUCCUGGUUCUCUAGCGUUAAAAUUGACACCUGGCCGAGUUUUUUGGUUUUCUAGGCCAUGAGGUGGAAAGUUAGGCCACGGCGAGCUUUGGGCUCGAAAUUAUGUUUUCCUGGAUCAGAAAAUCAUGAGGAAUCCUAUGGAAAUAUGUAAAAUCUUUGAAAAUCAUCAAAUGGCCGAGGUUUUUGGUUUCCUAGGCCAUGAGGUGGAAAGUUAGGCCAUGGAAAGAAUUGGGGGAUUAUGGGUGUUUUCUGAAUCAGAAAAUCAAGAGGAAGAAGAUGGGAAUAUUGAAAAUUUGAAUUAUGGCCGAGUUUUGGAUUUCUAGGCCACCAACUUGGGUUUCUAGGCCAUGACCUAAAAUUGGGCGUUUUUGGUGUUUUUCGAACCGGAUUUUUAUGAAAAUCACGAUUUUCAUAAGAAAAACUUUGAAAAUCCAAUCUGAAAUUAAUUUCAGUUCCAAAAUGUAUUUUUUUGCAGAGUGUCGACCUGUUCCUCCCCUCACAAUCUGAUCAAAUUCGAAAAAAUGUGAACACUGCUAUGAAAUUUUGUCGCGAUCGAUUUCAACAGUAAGAUUUUCAGAUUUUCUGGCUGAAAAUUUGCGGAUUUUCAGCCAAAAAUCAUGAUUUUUUCAGCGGACUACAACAAAUUCUGGAAAAUUAUAAAAUUGAUCGAAAAAUUGGCGAUCAAAUGCGACAAAUUUGGCCCGAUUUUAUGAGGUUUUCGACCUGAAAUUCAGGAUUUUCAGCCAAAAAUCAAUAAUUUUCCAGAUCCUCUCAAAACCCGCCGAAAAAGCUCAAAAAACCCGCUCAAAAUCCACCAGAAGACACCAAGAUUACGGUAGCUACAGUAGCUACAGUAACCCAACCACAAUACAUCUCGGAACCCAUUCUAACCGCAGCUGAAAAGAAGAAAUUGGCUGAAAAAGAGGAGAUGGAACUAGAGUCUAGUAUGAAAUUGUUGAAAGGAGAGAUUAGGGAGAAAAUCGAGGGAUUGAAGUGAGUUUUUUGGAUUUCUAGGCCAUGAAGUGGAAAGUUAGGCCACGUGGACAUUCAACGAAUAUUCGACAAAUAUACAGUAAUCUUAUUGUAGACACGAAAUCUAUCUACAGUACCCUGAUUACUGUAGGAAACAAAACUACAAGUCAUUGGCUUUUAUGCAAAGACUUGUAGCAAAAAAAAACAACAGUAAUUUUCUACUUUUUGGCUUUUAAGCAAAAAGUAGACAAAAUCGGAUUCCAGAGAAAAUUGUCGCCAAAUCGCCCUGAAAAAUUCAAAUUUUUUCUUUAAAAAUUCAAAAUUUGGGCAUAGCUUCCGCAGAAAUUCCAGGAAAAAACUAAUAAAAUCCAGGGUUUUCAAGAUUUUCAAAUUUUAAAAAGAAAAUCAAGAGAAAUCCCUGAAUUUUAUUAGUUUCUCACUGGAUAUUCCAGAAGUUCUCAUUUAUUUUAAGAAGUUUUUCAAGAAAAAUUCGAAAAUUGAGCAUAGCUUAUCUGAAAUUCCAAUUGAAAAUCUGAAUUCCAUCAAUUUUCAAUUAAAAUUCCAGAAUUUCUUCUUGUUUGCCCCAAAGUUAGGCUUUUUUGGUGUCUUUCGAACCGGAUUUUCAUGGAAAUCACGAUUUUCACGAAGAAAACCCUUCAAUUUUAUGAUUUUACCUGAAAUUGAUCAAAAUUCAACCUGAAAUUAAUUUCAGAUCACAAUGGAAAGAGUUUUCGGACGAUGCGGAUAAAUGUGAAGCGGUUGAAACGAUUUUGACGCAUUUGUGCAAAAAUGUGAGAUUUUUAGCCAAUUUUUAAGCUGAAAUUAAUUUCAGGAUGAUAAAUUGGACGAUUCUCAACAGGAAAUUGCUGCGCAAUGUCUUUUGGCAAUUAUGGGAAGUGUUGUGGUAGAAGGUGAGGAUUUUUGGCUGAAAAUUGAUCUGAAAUUAAAAAUUUUGACCCAAAAUUGAUAAUUUCCAGAAAAAUCGCUUCUACCUGAGACAAAUGAGAUUUCUGAGGCGUUCACACACCCGAUUUAUUCGAUUUUCAAAAUGUUGUGGUGAGUUUUUCUGAAAAUUCUGGAGUUUGGACUCAGUUUCAAGCUGGAAUCAUCAAAUUUUCGAAUUCCUCGUGAAAAUUCAGCUAGGAAACAUGUUCUCCUGGUUCUCUAGCGUUAAAAUUGACACAUGGCCGAGUUUUUUGGAUUUCUAGGCCAUGAAGUGGAAAGUUAGGCCACGGUGAGCUUUGGGCUCGAAAUUGGGUUUUCCUGGAUCAGAAUUUCGUCAAGAAUCUCAUGUUAGCAUAUAAAAUCUUUGAAAAUCAUCAGAUGGCCGAGUUUUUUGGAUUUCUAGGCCAUGUAUUUGGUUUUCUAGGCCAUGCUUCAAAAUUAGGGUUGUUUGGUGUUUUCUGGGUCAAAAAAUUGAGAGGAAGAAGAUGGGCACAUUGAAAAUUCGAAAUAUGGCCUAGUUUUGGAUUUCUAGGCCAGCUUUUUGGUUUUCUAGGCCACAACCUAAAAAUAGGCUUAUUUGGUGUCUUUCGAAGCGGAUUUUCAUGAAAAUCGCGAAUUUUUCGAAUUUUUGCAGUUUUCCACCAAACGACGACUCAAAUGCCAGUGAAAUAAUGGUGAAUUUGAUGGCUGCAAUGAGAGAAAAAGACGCUAGUCUAACCUAUGUAUUUUUGUAUUAUAUUAAGGUAAGAUUCGUGAUUUUUAGGUCAAAAUUUAUGAAUUUUGGUGGAAAAUGACCCAAAAUUCGUGAUUUUUGACCUGAAAUUAGUCAAAAAUUGGGAUUUUUACCCUGAAAUUGAAUUUUUUGCAGGGAUCAGAUACCCGAACUCAGGACACAAUUGAGAUUUAUCGAGAAAUUGCACGGGUCAGCGAUAAAAAUGUGGAUGAAAUGCUGUGCUCGGAUAUUCAGGUAAGAAAAACCCUUAAAUAGCCUUGAGAAAGCCUAAAGAAGUCUCUAAUAAGCCCUUAGAAGCUCUAAAAACCCCUUAGAAGCCUUAAGAAGCCCUUAGAAAGCUCCAGGAAGCCUGAAGAAGCCUCUAAAGCCCCUAAAGCCCCUAAAAAUCGUUUUGGGCCUUUAAAAAACCCUUAGAAAGCUUCAGGAAACCUUAAGAAGCCUCUAAAGCCUCUAAAAGCCCUUAUAGACUUUAAAAAGCCUUUAGAAAGCCCUAAAAGCCCUUAGAAGCCCUGAAAAGCGUUAAGAAGCUUCUAAAAAUCAGUUUAGGCCUUAAAAAGCCUUUAGAAAGCUCCAGGAAGCCCAAAGAAGCCUCUAAAGCCCCUAAAACACGUUUUAGGCGUCAAAAAGCCUUUGGAAAACUCCAGGAAGCCCUUAAAGCCUUAAAAAUUCCCUAAAACCAGUUUUAGGCCUUAAAAAGCCUCUAGAAAGCUCCAGGAAGCCCUAAAAAGCCCUAAAAAGCCUUAAGAAGCCUCUAAAGUCCCUAAAAACCCUAAGAAGCCUCUGAAGCCCCUGAAAAGCCUUAAGAAGCCUCUAAAGUCCCUAAAAAGCCUUAAGAAGCCCCUAAAAGUAGUUUUAGGCCUUAAAAGCCUUUAGAAAGCUCCAGGAAGCCUUAAGAAGCCUCUAAAGCUCCUAAAAGCCCUCACAGGCCUCAAAAAGCCUUUAGAAAGCCUUAAAAGACCUUAAGAAGCCCUAAGAAGUCCCUAAGGCCCCUAAAAUUCUAAAAUUUUCAGCUGUGCGCUCUCAACGAUAUUCGACUUUUCGCCUACCUAAUCCCCUUCAUUUUUUCCCAAUUCCAAGACGAAGUUUUUCAAUCUUCCGAGGUUUGUCUGAAAUUCUGGCUGAAAAUCUGAGAUUCUGCGAUUUUCAGCCAAAAAACAGAGGUUUUCAGCUGAAAAUUGGCCAAAAAACUUGAUUUUCAGCCAAAAAUCCACGUUUUUUCGAAUUUUCAGCCAAAAAAACCUCUUAUUUUCCAGCUGCUGAAUGUGUUGUGCGCAAAUUUGGACUCUAGCCAACUCCGAGUUUUUAUCAGUGAAAUGAUUCGAGAAGAAAUCAAGCUCUUCAAAAAAGACACAUUUUCCGCGCAUAUUUUGGCGAGUGUUGAAUGGCCGACGAGUUCACAGUGGAUUUUUUGGCAUUUGGGUGGGUUUUUGGGUGAAAAUGAUGAAAAAUGACCUAGAAUCACUAAUUUCUGGUCUAAAAUGACCCUGAAAUCAUUUUUUUCGAAUUCCCCGCGAAAAAUCACCCCCAAAACAUGUUCUCCUGUGUUUCUAGCGUUAAAAUUGACAUAUGGCCGAGUUUUUUGGAAUUCUAGGCCAUGAAGUGGAAAGUUAGGCCACGGUGAGCUUUCGUGUCGAAAUUAGGUUUUCCUCGAUCAAAAUUUUAUGAGGAAUCUCGUGGAGAUAUUUAAAAUCUUCAAAAAUCACCGGAUGGCCGAGUUUUAUAGUUUGCUAGGCCAUCAAUUUGGUUUUCUAGGCCAUGCUUCAAAAUUGGGAUUUUUUGGUGAUUUCUAGAUCAGAAAAUUGCGGGGAAGAAGAAUAUGACAUUGAAAAAUUGAAAUAUGGCCUAGUUUUGGAUUUUUAGGCCAUCUAUUUGGUUUUCUAGGCCAUGAGCUAAAAUCAAGCGUUUUUGGUGUUUUUCGAACCGGAUUUUUAUGAAAAACACGAUUUUCAUAUGGAAAAUGCUGGAAAUUUUGAAAUUUUCUGGUUUCUGGGUAAUUUUCGACGGAAAAUCAAGAAUUUUAGGUUAAAAAUCAUGAAAAAUCUCAUUUUUCACCCAAAAAUUCCUAAUUGUUUGCAGUUCAUGCUGAUGGUGUUCCAAUAGAAUGGUUCCUGCCAAUUAUUCCCAAAUUAGACGCCGCCAAACACGACGAAGCGAUUGCCAAUAUAUUGCUCAUGUUAAAACAUAUGGGUGAGUGUUUUCCUGGGAAAUUUUGAAUUUUCCCGUUUUCCCGCUGAAAUUUGAGCCGGGAAAGUUUUAAAUUUGAAAAAUUCGAGGUUUUUUACCCCGGGAAACAUUUUUUUUUCAAAAAAAAAAUUCAAAUUUUCGAAUUUCCCGCCAUCGUUUUUUUGGCGCCAAAACUGAAAAUUCAAAUUUUUGCAGACCGUGAACCUUGGCCUGGUCUAAUUCGAUCGAUUUUCUCGCGAAUUCCCGGAAAAGACGAUAAUUUCACAAUUGACGCGUUGAAAGUAUUGAUUGAUGAUGCGGAACAAUGUCAGCGGGUUGCGGAAUUGGUCGGCGGAUUGAUCAAAAAAUUGAUUGCGGUGAGAUUUUGACAUUUCUCGUGGCGAUUUUCGAAGUCUUCGUGAAAAAUUAGCCAGGAAUGAUGUUUUUCUGAGUUUCUAGCGUUAAAAUUGACGCGUGGCCGAGUUUUUUGGAUUUCUAGGCCAUGAGGUGGAAAGUUAGGCCACGGCGAAAAAUUGAGAUUUUUUUGUGUUUUCUGGAUCAGAAAAACACGGGUUAAAAGAUGAGAGUAUUGAAAUUUCAAAUUAUGGCCUUGUUUUGGAUUUCUAGGCCACGGGUUUGGUUUUCUAGGCCAUGACCUAAAAUCAGGCUUAUUUGGUGUUUUCUAGAUCAGAAAAACACGGGGAAGAAGAUGAGAACAUUGAAAUUUCAAAUCAUGGCCUAGUUUUGGAUUUCUAGGCCACGGGUUUGGUUUUCUAGGCCAUGGCUCAAAAUUAGGCUAGUUUGGUGUUUUCCGAAGCGGAUUUUCAUGAAAAACACGAUUUUCACGAUGAUAAAGCUUGAUAUGGCCUAGUUUUUGAGAUUUUCGGGUUUCUAGGCCAUGUUUAUACUCAUUUCAACCCAAAUUUCUUGCAGAACAAUGAAAUUCUGGGAAUUGGCACCAAAACGACGCCAAACACCAAAAAAGCGGCUCCAACAAAAGUCUCGCUACAACAACUCUUGGAACAUUUGACACAAUUCAGUGAUGCGUGUUUGGAGAAAAAGCAAAGAGCAACUGAGAUGUUUUUGUCCAAACAUUAUAUGCAGGAAGCGUUUUCCAGUAUUAAAACGUGGGUUUUUGAGCCAAAAAUUGUGAUUUUUGGGUGAUUUUGAGCUAAAAUACGGUAUUUUUGAUGAAAAAUGACCUAAAACACGAUAUUUUGAUGAAAAAUCACCUAAAACACGAAAUUUUGAUGAAAAAUGACCUAAAAUAGGGUAUUUUUAAUGAAAAAUGACCUAAAAUACCCUAAUUUUGACCCCAAGUUACCCUAAAUCCCCCCAAAAAUUCAAUUUCAGCAAUGAUAAAUCAUCGGUGCUCACCAAAAAAUAUCACAAUUUAUUCGGAGUCAUGGAUAUUUUGGCGGCCGAUUUGAAGGAGCAAAAUUCGAGACAACUUCGAGGAAAUCGGUGGGUUUUAGACUAGAAAUCUAGACUAGAAAAUGAAAAAUUUGAAAAUUUCACGAAAGUUGAGCCCUGGAGCAUGUUUUUGAUGGAAAAUUUGAAAAAAUUUGUUUUUUUUUUUGAUUUUGGCCAAAAAAUACAGUAGUUUUGACACCAAAUUCGAAAAUUUCAUCAAAAAUUGAGUUUUUUUCCCUCGAAAAAAUUUUUUUCCGGAAAAUUUCCCAUUUUUUGUUGUAAAAAAAUAUUUAGCCUACAAAUAAAUAUAGGUCAGACUAGACUAUAGUCUAUAAUAUGUAGACUAGAAAAACUGGAUUUUUCAUUGAUUUUUAGCUAAAAUUGACCAAAAUUGAGCCCUGGAGCAUGUUUUUAAUGGAAAAUUUUGAAAAUUUCAUGAAAUUUUAGCCAGACUAGACUAUAGUCUAGCCUAGACUAGAAAAACUGAAAAAUUUUGAAUUUCAGACAAGGAUCGGCUGCUGAAAAAUCGGCGAGUUCGUCACCGGCAAAACGAAAGACUGAAAAUGAGGUGGGUUACUGUAGAUACUGUAGUUUUUGGCGACAAAAAUGGGGCUCAGGAUUACUGUAGUGGACUUUUUUCCAGACAUUUUUUGUACUCAAAAUCUCUCUGAAAAUGUAGUUUUAGCAUUUUUCUCUAUUUUUCUUCCCCCCAAAAAAAUAUUUGAAAAAUUUUCAGAAAAAUCCUCUUUUUUUCCAGCUAAUCCAGAUUUUUGUGACGUCACACACCAACAAAAAAAUCUGGCUUCAUUUUUAGCCAAAAAAAAAAAAAAACAAAAAUAGAACAUUUGAGGGAAACCUGACGUUUUUCCGAUUUUUUCUUGUAGGUCAUGAAAAAUUCAACUACAGUACCCCUGGAUCAAAUCUACAGUACCCUCUUUUUUCCAGGAAACCGAUUCAAAUUCGAAACGCCGAAAAUGCCAAAAAGAUAUCAUACAACUCGAUGAUUCGGAUUCGGAUUAA